CUGUCGCUGCUCUUCUUCCUGGUGAAUCGCCUGCGGCAGCGCAAGAUGAGGGCGCGUGAGAACCGCCAGAAUGCGGAGGAUCAGCGCAGCAUAGUGGGCAGCAUAGGCUACAUUGCCGGAAACAUGGGCUACAUGGAGGGCAAUCUGAGUGCCAUUGAUUACUCUUAUGGGGGCGCUGCCACCCACUAUCCUUUGUGGAAACCGCACUUUCCGCGUGGAGAGGCUCCACCUCCGUAUGAGGAGGCUGUGGCCAUCUCCCAGGCGGAGGCAUUAAGUGCCCAAUGCACCGUCAGCCUGCCAGCCAGUUCCCAACGAGCGGUGGCCAGUGUCAGCCAGCAACAGCAGCAGGCCGUGGCCCAGGCCCAGGCUCAGGCCCAAGCUCAAGCCCAAGCUCAGGCUCAACAGCAGCAGCAGAUGCAGGCCCAGGUGCAGGCUCACCAACACCUGCAACAGCACACGCUGCAACUGCACACCCAACCACAGCAGCAUCACCAGCCUUACAGCCAACAGCUGGUAGCCCAUCCGCACCCACACUCCGCGGCUUCGGUGCUGCCCCAAUCCAACCAGUACACCCAGAGCACCACUAACCUGAUCAACAUCAACAUAAACAGUGGCGGGGUGACCACCAUAGCCACUGGGGAGAAUCAUCAGCCGCCUUACAGCCUCCAGAGCGACCACCAACUCAGUUUGGAGCAACAGCAGCAGCAGCAGCAUCUAGUCCAGCCUCCGGUUAGCAGUGGCUCCAUUUGCCUUCAGACCAUGCCCAAGCCACCGGUCUCCGCCGAGUGUAGCUACAAGAACUGCCAUCUGAACAUCAGUGCCAGUGUAACCACUGCUGCAGCCAGCUCCAGUUCGGCAGCCUAUACGGCAGGAAGAAGAACCACGCCGCGGGGAUCCCAGGAGUUGCUUCAUCAGUUACCACAGCAGCAGCAGCAGCAACAGCAAUAUCUUACGGUGGCCGAUGUGGAGAUCAAUGCCAGCGCCAGUGCGGCUAGCUACCAUUCACUUCCGGCCAGUAGUGGAGAGCUCCUAGCCACACCCACCCACUCGCAGGUGUUGCAACACCACCAGCAACAGCAGCAGCAGCAUCAUCUCCUGGCGGCCAUCUCCUCGCCGGCCAUGGAGCUGAUGCAGCCUCUGGAGAUAGCCACAAUCUCGGCGGCGCCUGCCUGCAGCACAGCGGAUUCGGUGACCCAAACCACCCAGAUGCCUAUGCAUGGAACCCUGAAGAACAGCCAGCAGCAGCAACAGAUCAACAAGACACCCUCCAGUUCGAGACGCUAUCAUCGCACUAUACCACGCUAUUUUGCAGUGGCCGAUCCUCUCCAGGUGAAGCCGAAGACCAGCAAUAGUGCCACCUCGACGAGCGAGAAACAGCAGGCCAGCAAGAAACCCAUGUGCCAGUGCCCUAUCCAGCACGUGCCCAUGUCCUACAUGGGUAGCACGGCCAACGCGAAUGCCUUCUUGAGCGGAGCCGGCAAGUUGUUCGCGGGAAACUCGAGCAGCAGCAGCACCUCCACGCCCACCUGCUCCUUGUCUCCAGGAGCAGCGGCCACUGGUGGAGCUCGUCAUGCGGCCACCUUAUCGUAUGGACAGCGAGCCAAGUCCUCGACGAAUUUACAACAGCAAGCACAGGAUUUGAUCACGGCAGCGGCUUCGGGUGGUGGAACUUUAAGACGUAGUGGGUGUGGACACGAGCCCAAGAUAGCCACCAUUUCCAAGCAGGUGGGCGAUGAGACGCAUCAUACGCAUUCGGGAUCUGGAGGCGGGGUCAAUGUGUCGGCCAUCAUUCCACCGCCGCCGCUGCAGCAUCCCGAAGAGGUUUCGGCCCCACCAAUUGUCCUGGGACGCGUCCAGAAACGAUCCUCCAGCAGUUCCGCAGACAGAGGGAGGAGCUCUAGCGGAGGUGGCAGUGGUGGACGCAGUGUGUCUAGUGGUGGCGGCGGCGGCGACUCCCUCUCCAGCGCCUACUUGAAUCGAAAGGUUGAUGCCUACUUGAGUUUGACGCAGAAACAGCAGCAACAUUUCUUUAACCAGCAACAGCAGCAGCAGCCAGAUCCGAGCAACCCGACUUUACCACCGAAACUCUACAAAAGCCUAACGAAUUUAAAGAGCGCCACCGUGGUCAGCACAUCCUCCUCCUCCUGCUCGUCAGGCAGCGGGAACAACAGCGCCGUGGCCACCAUUUACACUCUAAGCAAGCCGUCGUCCAGUGGCCAGCGCAAGGAACAGACGCCCUCGCUGACCCUGCCGCCGGCGAGUCCUGCCUCUGGACCCGGCGAGAAAUUAACCAGCGGCAAGAUCAACUCCAGCACCUUCUAUCCGCUGGCCAAUCACGUAACCUACACCCUGCCCAAACACAUCAGCGGGAAGGUGUCGCUGAACAGCACCAUCAACAGUGUAGUCAGCAAGGUGCCAUCGGUGAUCAGCAUUCCUCCGGUGGAGAGCAACAAUCCGGGGCAGACAGGAGUUCCGGCCAAAAGCACAACACUGCCAAAGAUCCUGCGCGUGAAGCGGGACACUGGACCGGGAUCGGCAGGAGGAGGAGGAACUGCCACGAGCCUGGCCGUUGCCCACUGCCAGAUGCCCAGCUAUCCGCUGACGCCGAAGUCAACCGCCGGAGGAUCCAGUGGUCGAUCGCCCAGCAAGCAGCUUCCAGUGUGCACAACGUCGAAGAACUGCUUGAAUCCGAAGGAGCACUUCCUGCCCAACGACACCAGCUUGGACGAUGACUAUCUGAGCGAGUGCGAGAACUGCAAGAUAGCCCAGAGUGCCAAGUACUACUUGGAUGCGGAGAUGAGCAACGGCGGCUCCUCGACCUCCCCGCAGGAGACAAUGACGCUGCAGCGCAAGUCGUUGGAGGAGACCAAGGAGGAGCCGCUCGACAGUUACUACCGCAGCUCACAGACUCUACCCAGCAAUUCCAAAAAGCAUGGCAAGAACAACAACCGGGAGAAGUGGCAGUUCUCGACGAUACCCGCUGCCAGCUCAUCGGAUGAGGAUGUCAACGAAUGAGAUUUAAGCCAUUUUCUUUAAGAUGCCAAAUCCCCGGCCAGAAGAGCAUCCUAAAGAAAACGCAGGCUCCAAAAAACCACAACCAAUGACCCCGACCCGGAAGGCAAAUCAGCUUGAAAAGAGCGAAACUUAGGUUCUUAACCAAACAAUUGCUACUGCAAUACGAGAUAUAUCCUGUAUAUAGACAUAUUAAGCGUACUUUAAUCUGCAUACAGUUAUGUAACAAAAUAUGUGUAGACGGUUACCAAAUGAUUGUUAGUUAUAACCAUGACGAUACUCAACCCAACAGCGGCAUGUAAAUCUGCGUGUUUGUUAUGCACCUGUAUAUCUCUGUAUGUAUGUAAUUGAAUCUGUACUAUACGAUAUAAAACGAUAGGCUAAGCGAGUUAGGCCGGGCAAAAAUCAAUUAUAAUCAAUGCAUUAUGAGGAUAUUAGCGGAACUGUUGAAUACUUAGCAUAAAUGAAAUUGAUCAUUAAGAUGUCAAACCCUACUGCCAUCUGCCAUUUUGCCAACGUUAACUGUCAAUAACUGUGUAUGUAUGUAAUAUCGAAAAAAAUGAAUGUAAUAAUUGUAAGUGUUUACAUUUAAGAAAAGGAAGCUGACCAAAAUUCAAGGUAUUUUCCUGCUGCUCAUUCCCGAAAUGCACAAACAUUGCACAUACGAACUCUAGGAUAAACCAAUUGACAUAUGCAUACAUAUAUAUAAAUAUAUGUAGAGGAAACCUUAGGAUACGAAUUUGAAUUCAAAGCUCAUUGCCAUUUCAUUCCCGCUUAUUAAAAUGUCGGCAUGAGGAUAAACGAUCUAACUUCGAAAUUGUUCCCUUAUUUUCCCUUCCAACUCAAAUAAAUGUACCAUAUAAAAUGAAACUAUGUCAGUAUAUUAGAAAUAAGAAAUCGUUUCCAAAUCGUUUUUGUGUGGGGUUUAAUAGACAUUAGAUGGUUUCUUGAUCGAUAACGAAGGACUUGCUAGAGAAUAACUUACGUUUGUUUCUUGAAUCGGGCGGGUCCUAGACAGUCUAAUGCCAACGAUAUAAGCUCGAUAUAAUUAUAAUUAUAUGGAAUACAGGUAGAUGAGCGGCGUCCCAAAAAAAAAUAAAACGGGAAAGGAUGGUUUGAUUUGAUCAAUUUUCAAAACUAGUCGUAAUCAUACCAAACCAGCACUUAGUCGAAGCUUCACUUAGACUAGAGCCAAAGAUACUCAAAUAGACACAAAAAUUUAUCUGAUUUAUCUUAGUUCGAUCCUAGUUUAGGUAACUUCCCCACACUUCUAAAGGCAAAAUGAUGGCAAAAACUUGUUCGUAAACGGUUCUUGUUCCGCUUUUGGUUGUAAUCGAUCUCAGACCUGAAAACUGUAUUGUGUUCAACAAAUGCUCAAAAUAGCUAUAUACCGAAAGGAAUGAAUUAUACAAUUUGUUGUUUAAGUUCGGAUAUUGUAUGUUCAACGAAGACUUAACCUCGACUCUGUUAUCAAAUGCUCAAAGCGUGUACUGACCACAACGCAAUCGUGUCCCCCAAAAUCGGGGGAGUAAUUUAGCAAACUGAAAUUACAAGUAUUACAGAAAUUACUCAAUAGUAUUAAAGAAUGAAAUCAAACGUUUUUCAAUAUACUUAUUAGAGUGUCAUUUAUCAACAUUUAAUUUCAACAGCAAAACAAAAACAACAUAUGUACAUCACGGCUAAGUACGAAUUUUUAUUCAAUAAGCUAUAUUUACUACUAAACAAAGUCUCAAGAAACCGAAAAUAACAAAAAAAAUUCUUGAUAACAGUAGUUUAAAAUUACAAAAUAUAAAAAAUACAUUAAAAUUAAACUAGUGUGCGAUAGUUAAAACAAAUUUACCAAAUCGAAAAAAACCAAACCGUUUCAAAAAUUAUUCAACACAAUUGAUGUCGAUGCGGCAUACUGAUUGACUGUAAUCGG